CCAGAAUCUGGGGAUCAUCUUCGCCUCCCAAGUUUCAAAAGCCUAGGAUACACCGAGUCGGAAGUCUGAAGAUUGAACAGGAUCCUGCGCUUUGAAACCCCAUUGAAAUCCAGCUUCAAAGAGGCUUCAAAGCCCAUAGGUAGGUAGCACGUCUGGCGCACAGCUAGAAUCUGCUGUUGCCUAUAAGACGACCUACCUACUUUGUCAUUGAAGCCUUAGGUUAAACCUCGCAUCCCUCCGGUUUGCCUUGCGAAGGACAAGGAAACGCUGAACAGAAGCAUUCUCUUUCUUUCAGCACUAGACAGCAGUUUCAAAGGAAGCAGAGCUUGCUGCGCACCCUCAGCUGAUCACCGGUCUCCCUUUUGUCAACGCGUUGCCAGCAGCUGUUCUUGACUAGCGCUCCAGAGUAAAGACAGAGCUCAGGCCAGCCUGCUGUGAGGACUCACGCAGUGAUGAGCAGCAAUGCUGGCAAGCAGAAGGGGCAGUCGAAGCCCAGGCCCAUAGAAGGCCAGCGAGGGCAGACAGACAGGGACAGCGUCGAAAGAUGCUCGGGAAAAGGUCACGACAGCUCGCGGCGCAAGUCUUCAAACAACCAGCGCGCCCCUGAGAACAGCCCCAGGACGAGGGGCUCCCCCCACUCUGCGCCCAACCAGAACAAGACCCCCCCGGAAAGAGGCCGCUCCAAAGGCUCCAGCAGUGCGGGCCCUAGUUCUCGGUCAGGUAGCCUGGGGCGGUCUCCACAGGAUGGGGGGGGUGUCGGCCCAGGGCCAGCCGCCCUCGGAAAGUCUCCCCCUACACGAGGAACGCCGGGGCGGCGGCGGGGCGCACCAAAGGGGCACCGGCUGACGGCUGAUGAUUGGGAGGAUGCUGAUGAAGAGAUUAGGGACUACUUUGCAGGGCACGGGCACCAGUCUCGCGGCUCCUCUCGGCGCGGCCGCUGGGAACAACGCCAAGAGGAGCUGGAGCUCGAAAUGGCGCUCGCGCUCUCCCUAUCCGUCAACCACGCCCCUGAGGGGGGAGAGCCGCGGGCGCCUGGAACAGCCCGGACUCAUGAGCUCACUUACGAGCGCCUGACAACCCUGGAGGACGUCAAGGUGACGGCGACCGCGGGCGCUGUGGCGGCACUCCCCUCCACUGUAUUCGGCGGCUCUGCACAUUCGUCCCCAAUGAAGGCAACCACGACGAGCGCUGGCCACGAGAUGUGUACCAUUUGCCAACAUGAGUACGGGGUUGGCGACGACCUAGUCGUGCUUCCGUGCGGGCACCGUUUCCAUCCGCAGUGCGGAUCAGAGUGGCUGCUCAACUACUCGCGGCGGUGUCCCGUCUGCAAAACUGACAUAUCCGACGAGUUUGCUUAAGCAUAUACGGGUCUAAUGUACAUAGGUUGGCUGAUGUUUCAAGUCAAGUCAAACAAACAGGUAGCGAUCUGCAGGUCGAUUCUUUUUGACGAGGUAAUGUUCUCAUGUAUUGUUUCCAUAACGCGAUUCAAGUGCUUCAUAGUAUUCGGAACGGCUGAAAAUUGGGAGCUGCUUCUGCUUUUGUGUUGUGCUUCCUGAGAGCUGGUGAUAUCGUCAACUCUGCUUCUAGUCAAACCAGUGCUGCUUUGGGAGACUUUGCGUCAUGGCCGUUGAAAGUGUCGAAACGAGAAUGAAAGGCGACUGCUCCCGGAGUCAUUAACACGACCUUACUCGAAUUCACCAGUCU